AAAAAUCAGUGGAAGUUGCUUGCAGAAGUAUGUACAAAGUCCAAUCGCCUAGAACCAGUUUGACGAUAGUCAUUGCUGGUCCAAAUCUAUCUGCUCCACGUUUGACAGGGCCCAAGUUCAAUGCUGACGGCCCAUGAUAGGAAGAGAAAGUUCGCCAUCAGCAACAGUAUCCGACCUAUCGCUACCAACCUCGUCGCGCGGCUACCCGCCGUGGUUCCACAGACUUUGGCACCGCGUCAACCAAUGCAAGCGACAAGUACCGCUGCAACAAGUGCGGCGGGCGAAGUAUCAUUUCAGCAGGUAGCCCUUUCGCAGGCAAUCAACGAGCCCUAGUUCCCGCCGGACCUCCGUCGUCAUCGACAAACAGCAGCCUGCCAUCCGCUGGACUAUCCACUCCAGGAUCCGCCCACUUCCGUAUCCCUGCAGGGCUAAAUACUCCUCUCACGCCGAGUUUAAAUACUCCAACCACCAGACUCCCUCCCAUGCUUUCAAAUCUGUCCCUAAACUCUCCUUCGUACUCACAUGGGAACCGUCCUACUCUUCCUCCUCCUUCGCCGGCCGGCUCGGAGAUGAACACUCCACCUCGCCGCGUGCGUACCCUCGCUCAUGACCUCCCCGCCAUCCACGUGCCGCAUCAUGCAAUGGGGCCUCCUCCUGCUCCAUCGGCCCGGUUUGCUGCACGUUAUUCCACAUACGAUGGCGCCUUUGACGAUCCAAGCGAACCACCGCCAGGACCUCUCUCACCAGAUCCGAAACGACGCCGAUACAACACCCAGUACGAUGUCCGUCGAGACAGACAGUCGGUCUAUGUUCGUGGGGAUGUUGGUAUUCGAACGCCAUACCCGUUCCCUCAAUCCUCUCGAACCACCGCUGGGCCAGGUCCUAUGCACCUGCACACCACCAGUUCACCGGGGCUAGGCUUAAAUGGUAGGCGCGAAUCGUUGCCGCCUCCACUUACCAUCGUCAACCGUGGAAGUGUUGCAGGGCCGGCACAUUCAAUGGUUCGAACAGCACCGCUUACAGGGCUGGAUGCUGAGAGCCUCACGCUUCCUCCCUUACAGACAUCGGCCUUCACCUCGAGCAAUGCCACUCAUGGAAAAGUACCACCAUCCAACGAUCGUCCUCCGCCUGAUCAGGUCCGAAACAACAUGCAUUUCCUGAACCGAAUUAAAAUGCUUCAUUACAUUACUCCUUCAGCGCCGUUUCCAGACCACGCCAGCAUUAAACCGGCGUCGUCCGUUUUCUCCCCCCCUUUACAGCCCGAGGGCGUCGCGCUAGAGAAUAAUUCAUUGAGGUCUACUGCCACCAAGCCGUUCCGUGGUGCUCUUGUAGCCAUCGAGGGCGACGACAUCGAAGCUGUUGCGGCCCUUACGCGGUGGCUGGAGACCUUCCUCAGCAGCGAUGGUGACUUCGAGGUGCGUGCUGCGGAGGGUACCGUCAUGGCGGCCCGCCGUGGGAGCACUACCGCGGACGGUCAGAAGAGCGGUGCGUCGCUCGCAGAGUAUAUCACUUUGGUGCAAAAUUGGCAUUCCAAGGUCAACGAGAUGGUCACUUGGGUGAAUCGCACCGUCCCCGAUAUCACUGACGAAGGAAGUGGUGAUGCCCCAGGGCAGCGGGGACAGCAGAGGCAUGACAGUGGACAAGGGGUAGUUGAAAUUGGAAACGAGACGACCGAGCGAGACACUGCGCAGCAGCCGCCCCACGAGACCAAACCCCCGAUUCCGGUCCUCCUGCUCCCGACCUACCAACUCGCCGCAUCCGACCACUUCGCCACGCGCGUCCCGAUCCGCGACUCCUACGCCGCGCCGGACCACUGGCAGUGGAUGGCCAGCCUCUGGCGCGGGGUCCCCAGUGCAGACAUCACCGUCUACAUCAAGGAUCUGCCCCGUGGCGCCGCGUCGUCGCCGCCGGGAUCGUCCAGUGGAGUGGGCGGCGCGGCGGGGGGGCUCACGCCUGGAAUUGGGGUCGAGGUCAAGGAAGAGAUGAGGACGGUAGUGCUGAAGCGGGAGGCGGGGAAAGAUGUGGAGGAGAAGUGGUUGAGGAGGGUGGGGUUUGAGGUUGGGGAGUGGAUGAGGGGGAUGAGGGUGGCGAGCGAGGAGGAAAAGAGGGGGAUGAAGGGACUGGACCAGGGGAAGACGGGUGUUGGAGGAUGUGGGGGUGACUCCGAGCACGGUUCUGAACUAGUGUCCAAUCAGGAGGGCUGGUUGAGAGAGGUUAGGGGACGGAUGGAGGAAGUGGGCACGCAAAGAGGGUAGUGAGUUGGUGCCGAGAUGAUAGACUCGGAGAGUUCUUGUAUUUGUUCGAUACUAGAAAAUUGUUGGAUAAAUUGGGGUUGAGAUAAUACGGGCAGCGUAUGCUUGAAUCAGAGCUAGCGAUAUCAGAACCAAU